AUGGAGGGACCGACAAGCAAACCGCUGUCCUAUGAUGCCUUGAAAUCGGUGAUCAAGUCGAUGAGCGUCGAAACAAGACACGAGCUGCACACAUAUCUGCCGAGCCUCCGUGUCACCAAUUCCCUUCUUCCAUAUGCGAUGAAACGUGUGAGAAUCAUGCGAAAGGAAGUGUCAAUCAACGAUAUGAGCUGGUCUUUCGGCUUCCGCUCAGAAAAAUCAGACCCAAAUCAGACGACUGUCUCAUUUUACGAUAGAAUUUCUGUCAAGCGUACUCCAAAUUUUCCAGUGAAAAAAUCGCUUGAGACGGCAGUUGAGCAAUGUUUCAAUGUCUACUGCAAAGAUGGUUCCAUCAUCCAAGACCUGGAUUUAUGCCGUGUUCCCAAAUUCUUGUGUGAGAGGGAUGGAGGUUUGAAACUGAGCAUCUCAAGAUUCCAAACAUAUGGUGUCAAUGUCGACGAUAUCGAUUAUUUCAUUCGAUUCAUGGAUUUGGACAAGUUGGAACGUGUUCAUCUUACAAUCAGCAGGGAAAGAGAUGCACCUUCUGAAAAGGAGUUUGGAAUGUUGGAAAAACCAGUGUUCAUCAACUGCAAGGAGCUCUAUUUGAAAAUUAAUAUCCAUCGAGAAUUACCUAUCAAUUACUUCUUCGACCUCAGAAAUGAAACCCUGGUAUUGGAACACGAUAGGCUCUGUGUUAAUGAUCUCCAGAAGUUGAUUGAGAACUGGAAGACAUCCGACCGACCAAUCGGCACCACUUUCUGUUUCGUGUCAUAUGAUGGUGAUGUACCUAUCACAAAAAUGUUGAAUCGCUUGAAACUCCAAUACCAUUUUCCAGUUUAUGUUUCAUGUGACUCAACAGAACAAAUAAAAGGAAUCGGUAUGAAGAUGGACGAGCAUAGAAACUUGGUCUUGUAUCUUGGUAAACAUCAAAUCCGUACAAAGACCUUUUCUGCACUGAAAAUGGAAGUGAUGGAGAGAGGAUUGGAGGAGAAGAAUGAGAUUACCAGGCCAUGUACUUCUGCAUAA